AUGCCGCCGAAGAGGGACUGGGAGAAAUACUCCAAGCCGGACACCGAUCCGGACAAGAAGCAGGAUGAGAUCGUCCCGCUCGACGAGGGCGAUAUCCAGCUGCUGCGCACGUACGGGCAGGGCCCGUACGCCACUGCGCUGAAGCGCAUCGAUGCGGAAAUCAAGGACGUCGAAAAGCGCGUGAGCGAAAAGAUGGGCGUCAAGGAGAGCGACACGGGUCUUGCGCCGCCGGACCUCUGGGAUAUUGCCGCGGACAAGCAGCGCAUGAGCGAGGAGCAGCCGCUCCAGGUCGCCCGCUGCACCAAGAUCAUUCCCGCAGCCACCAGUGGCGACGGGGCGUCGGAGGGCGAGGCGGGCGGAUCCAGCACCGGCGUCCAGGCGCUGGACAAUGUGCUUGGGGCGCUCGGCGGCAUGGGCAAUCGCUCGGCGGACACCAAGGACAAGUACGUGAUCAACAUCAAGCAGAUCGCCAAGUUUGUCGUGGGCCUCGGCGAGCGCAUUGCGCCGACCGACGUCGAGGAGGGCAUGCGCGUCGGCGUCGACCGCAACAAAUACCAGAUCCAGAUCCCGCUGCCGCCCAAGAUCGACCCGACUGUGACGAUGAUGCAGGUCGAGGAGAAGCCUGACGUCACGUACGGCGACAUCGGCGGUGUGAAGGACCAGAUUGAAAAGCUGCGCGAGGUCGUCGAGACGCCACUGCUCGAGCCGGAGCGCUUCGUGAAGCUGGGCAUCGACCCGCCCAAGGGCGUGCUGCUGUUUGGGCCACCCGGCACGGGCAAGACGCUGUGUGCGCGGGCGGUCGCCAACCGCACUGACGCGACGUUCAUUCGUGUUAUCGGCUCGGAGCUCGUGCAGAAGUACGUCGGCGAGGGCGCGCGUAUGGUGCGCGAGCUGUUCGAGCUCGCGCGCACCAAGAAGGCGUGCAUCAUCUUCUUCGACGAAGUCGACGCGAUCGGUGGAAUGCGCUUUGACGACGGCGCCGGCGGCGACAACGAGGUGCAGCGUACGAUGCUGGAGCUCAUCAACCAGCUGGACGGCUUCGAUGCGCGCGGCAACAUCAAGGUGCUCAUGGCUACGAACCGGCCCGACACGCUCGACCCGGCGCUGCUGCGUCCCGGGCGUCUCGACCGCCGCGUCGAGUUUGGCCUGCCGGACCAGGAGGGCCGCGCCCACAUCCUGCGCAUCCACGCGCGCUCCAUGUCUGUCGAGCGCAAUAUCCGCUUUGAUCUCAUUGCGCGCCUGUGCCCCAACACGACCGGUGCCGAGCUGCGCAGCGUCGCGACGGAGGCGGGCAUGUUUGCGAUCCGCGCGCACCGCAAGGUCGCGACCGAGAAAGACUUUCUGCAGGCCGUCGAGAAGGUCGUGCGCCAAGGCAGCAAGUUCUCGAGCACGUCGCUCUAUGCACAGUACAACUAG